UCCUUAGAAAGAAAACCAUUUCAUCAUUUUCUUCUCUUUAUUGUUUUCCAUCUACUUCUUCGUCUUCUUGUUUAUGCAUAUCCAAGACUCUCCGGUAAUGAAAGAGAUCUCACGGCGGAGCAAGAAGACUUCUGUUGAGAAUAAAACAGGAGAUGAGACAUCUGCAUCAUCAGUAGUCCCUAAAACAAAACGAAAACGCCGAUCGCAACCGCGAGAUGCUCCUCCACAACGCAGCUCUAUGUAUAGAGGAGUCACCAGGCAUAGAUGGACUGGAAGGUACGAAGCGCAUUUGUGGGACAAGAAUAGUUGGAACGAGACACAGAGCAAGAAAGGAAGACAAGUAUAUUUAGGUGCAUAUGAUGAGGAAGAUGCAGCAGCACGUGCCUACGACUUAGCAGCAUUGAAGUAUUGGGGACGAGACACAGUCUUGAACUUCCCUCUGUGUAAUUAUGAAGAAGACAUCAAAGACAUGGAAAGCCAGUCGAAGGAAGAGUAUAUUGGAUCGUUAAGAAGGAAAAGUAGUGGGUUUUCACGUGGUGUGUCAAAAUACAGAGGCGUUGCAAAGCAUCACCAUAAUGGGAGAUGGGAAGCUCGAAUUGGAAGAGUGUUUGGCAAUAAGUAUUUAUACCUCGGAACUUAUGCUACGCAGGAAGAAGCGGCCAUUGCCUAUGACGUGGCAGCAAUAGAGUACCGUGGACUUAACGCCGUUACCAACUUCGACAUAAACCGUUAUCUCAAACUGCCGGCGCCGGAGAGCCCUAUCGACGCCGCGAACAUCCCGCAUUCCGAUCCCAGCCCGUUUAUAAACCCUGACCACGAGUCGGCACCGUGGCAGAGCCAAUCCUCCUCCGACGAAAACGAUGACCGGAAAACGAAGUUCCUAAAGUCUUCGCCUUGCUCGAACGCAGAGGAGGUGAUCGGACCAUCGACGCCGCCGGAGAUCGCUCCGUCUCGCCGGAGCUUCCCGGACGAUAUACAGACGUAUUUCGGGUGUCAAGACUCCGGGAAGGCGGAGGAUGACGUCAUCUUCGGUGGUUUAGAUUCUUUCCUCACGCCUGAUUUCUACAGCGAGUUGAAUGAUUGCUAAAAAAAAAUGGAUUUGAUAAGUUUUGUUUUCAAUAUUAUUCUUUCUGUUGUGACAGUCUUAUAUAAUAAAGUUUGAAUCUCUUUUAACA